AUGCCUUCAAUGGAAGACUCUCAAUCAAGUGAAUACCAGCUUGACGUUUCUCGUGAAGCCGCCUCUUUGUGCCAAAGCCUUACCACUUUCCAGACCUCACCAUUGGACAUGGCUCCAGAAUUGGCGCGGGCUGUUACCAACGUAGUUUGCUCAUUGUGUUUCAACACAAGAUAUAGCAAAGGCGAUGAAGAGUUUCAGACCAUGCUAAGAUACAGCAAAGGCAUUGUGGACACUGUGGCAAAGGACAGCCUGGUUGACAUAUUUCCCUGGCUUCAGAUAUUUCCAAACAAGGACCUCGAUUUAUUGAAAGAGUCAGUAACAACCCGGGAUCAGCUGCUCCUGAAGAAACUGAAAGAGCAUGAGGAGGCAUUUUGCAGUGAAACGGUCAAUGACCUAUUAGACGCUCUUCUGAAAGCCAAACUCAGCAUGGAAAAUAACAACAGCAAUAUCUCCAAUGAUGUGGGGCUGACAGAGGAUCACAUCCUGAUGACCGUUGGGGAUAUAUUUGGAGCAGGAGUAGAGACAACCUGUACAGUGAUGAAAUGGGCAAUUGCAUAUUUAUUACACUACCCAGAGGUACAGAAGAAGAUCCAGGAGGAAAUGGAUGCGAAGGUGGGAUUUGGGAGAUGUCCACUACUAAGCGACAAAAAAAUCUUACACUAUUUAGAGGCCACCAUAGCUGAAGUUCUAAGGAUUCGUCCUGUCUCCCCUCUACUGAUUCCUCAUGUAGCUAUGAAAGAUACCAGCAUUGGAGAAUACACCAUACCUAAAGACACCCGGGUGGUUGUAAAUCUGUGGUCCAUGCAUCACGACGAGAAGGAAUGGGUGCACCCUGGAGACUUUAAUCCAGAUCGUUUCAUGGAUGAAAAUGGACACCGUAUGUACUCGCCAAGCCAAAGUUACCUACCAUUUGGUGCAGGAAUUCGAGUAUGCCUUGGAGAAGCCCUGGCCAAGAUGGAAGUCUUUCUUUUUCUCUCCUGGAUCUUGCAAAGGUUCACUCUGGAGAUCCCUGAGGGAGAUUCUUUGCCAGACCUGGAGGGGAAGUUUGGGGUUGUGCUUCAGGUGAAACCAUUCAAGGUGACAGCAAAGCUGAGAGAUGUCUGGAAGAACAUUGACAUCACUACAUAAACCAUGCACACUGCAAUACAUGGGGAUCUCAGAGUACUUAAGAGUAAUAUAUUAGUCAGGUCAUGUGCGGGUAAUCUGUUUUUACUAUGUAGUACCACAAUAGUCUCUCACUGUCAUGUCAGGCAGUGGGGGUCUAUGCAUUAAUGGUAUGGGCACCUGGAACUACGGUACAAUGCAGAUAGCGGGAAGGCUUUAUUACAUUACAGAAAAUAUCAUUUGUAAAUAGAUUUAAAUUUUUUUGCGUUGGCGGCUACUAUGCUACUAAAAACAUCAAUUAUCACUGAACUGGAAAUACAGUUAUUGUAAAAAGCAAUUCAAAGAUAGACCUAAACACACACUAUACACGUAAAGGUCAGCAAAA